AUGGUGAAUCCCGAGAACGGCCUCCCUGUUGGCCAGGAGAACAUUAACACCAAUAUUGUCACUCUCUCCCGAUUCCUGCCUAAAGAACAAACCAAAUACCCUGAAGCCCCGGGCGACUUCACCCUGCUGUGCCACGCACUCCAAUUUUCGUUUAAGUCGAUCGCCUACUACAUCCGCCGUGCCCCGUUAAUUAAUCUAACCGGUCUGCUUGACGUUAUCAGCAAUGACAUCUUCAUAUCCGCUAUGCGCGGCUCUGGGAAGUGUCGGAUCCUUAUUUCAGAAGAGGAAGAGAAUCUUAUCAAGUUCGGCGAGUACCCUAAUGCUAGUUACGCCGUCGUAUGUGACUCCAUUAACGGUUCGUCUAACCUAGACGCUAGUGUCUCAGUAGGCACCAUUUUCGGUAUCUUCCAGCUCCCUAAGGAGCUCUUAGGCGCCGGUAAGGAAGUCGGCCCGACGCUCUUUUACAUCCUACUUAUUAUCACCGUACGCGGCGGUGGUGUUAACGGCUUCACUUUAGAAAACUCACUAGGCGAGUUUAUCCUCACUCACCCAAACAUGCGUAUCCCUAACUCCCGUGCAAUCCAUUCCGUUAACGAGGUGGUAUCUUCGCUUAUCCUAUACGAGUGUGCGCCCAUGGCUAUGGUUUUCGAGAACGCUGGCGGUCUUGCUGUGAACUCGCGCAUGGAGCCCUUGAUGGGGUUUAUUCUCGAGCACAUCCACGACAAGAGCGGUGUAUUUCUUGUGUCUAAGAAAGAGGUCCAUAAGGUCAUUGAUAUGUAUCACAAAUACAAGAAAUAAGCGGAUCACUCACUGUUC